AUGGUGAUUGACAACCACAGAUCAGGAGGCUCUGGAAUGACUCCGAAAGAGCUCUCCGAAAAUGAUGAUCUGGCCACAUCUCUUGUCUUGGAUCCUUAUCUGGGGUUCCAAACUCAUAAAAUGAAUAUCAGGUACCGUCCAUUAAAAGUAAAUAAAGAUGAUUUAAAAUCAAUUGUAGAAGAAUUUAUUAAAACUCAAAAUUAUACUAGAGCUUGUAAAAAAUUACUAUGCGGUGAAUGGGUUAGCAGAAGUCCUAAAAGACAUAAUCACGGUUUGGAAGAACACAUUUAUCGUUAUUUGAGAGUAUUCGAUCAGGAUUCUGGAUUCGUCAUCGAACCUUGUUAUAGGUAUUCGUUAGAAGGUCAAAAGGGAGCUAAAAUAUCGGCAACGAAAAAAUGGUUUAAAAACGAUAAAAUAUCACGGUUGGUGGGUUGCAUUGCCGAAUUAACAGAAGAGGAAGAAGGUCAGUUACUACAUCCUGGAAAAAAUGAUUUUUCCGUCAUGUAUUCCUGUAGGAAAAAUUGUGCUCAGUUAUGGCUGGGACCUGCCGCGUUUAUUAAUCACGAUUGUCGAGCUAAUUGCAAGUUUGUGGCGACCGGAAGAGACACGGCAUGCGUGAAAGUGUUGAGAGAUAUAGAAGUCGGAGAGGAAAUCACUUGUUUUUACGGUGAAGAUUUUUUCGGCGACGGAAACUGUUAUUGCGAGUGUCGGACGUGCGAAAGACGAGAAACGGGAGCAUUUAAAAAGGGAACGAAACACGACGAUUUGACGACGGGAUACAAGUUAAGGGAAACGGAUAAUCGUAUAAACAGGACUAAAAUUCACAAGGAACAAGUUCCCGCAAGUUCAAGUGUUCUUCCCCUUAGUUUAAAAGAAUUGAGGCAAAAGGGUUUGACGAAAUACGAUGCCGAAAUGCUUUUGGAACAGGGAUGUAAUUUCGUCGACGCCGAAGUCAUACAAACCCGUCAGAAAUUAGAUAAGAAAACAAUGCAAACGCGAGACAUAUACGAGUUCGAAGAGGAUGAUGCGGCUGUGCCGCAGCCUCUCGUCUCGAAAAGAAACAAAAUAUCGGAAUACGAAUUGAAAAGUUUAGAUUCGAAGGUUAAUUACGAGAGGAAAAGCGAAACGAACGGGUCGAGCAAACGUAGCGCGAGAACCGUUUCGGACGGUUCAAAAAACGGAGUCGGUUUGUUGGAGGAAUUGGAAAAGAGUUUAAACCUAGUCAGCGACGGUCUUAAAGAAAUCGCAAAUACGGAAGUGGAUUCGGGAGAAUCGAACGCGUCGGAAACGACGCCGACUAAAAACGGUCACAUAAAAUUAUUUUUCAAAAUCAAACGGAGUCCCAUACUCGACGACAUAUUGGAAUCCGGUAGUAAUAUUCUAAGGAAUCCGUUCGAAAGGGAAUACGAAGUUUUAAGAAUAGACAGCCGGGAUUCGUUCGAUCUCGACGAAUCGGGGGAUGCGAAAGAAUCGGAUGCCAGCAACAGCAGCAGUAGCAAUCUAGGUUUGGACAAUGACGGCGAUAGCGGUUUCAGUUCGAGCAGAGACGGACACGGUAAACUUCCGGUCGAUAUAGUAUCUAGACCCCCGAUGAAAAGACUGAGGCUCAUACUCGGAAGCGAAACGAGAACCAUUGAAAUACCGACCGUUUCAUAA